UGUGGCUCGUAGCUUUCGAACAUGCAGAAGUGGAGCUGUGAGCAGAUCCCGUCCUACGUUUAGGCUGCGCGCAGGAAACUUUUUUUUUUCCCGACAAACGCCGCCAAGAAGGGCAAAGAAUGCGUUCGGAGCGUCGGAAGAAAGAUAUACAGCAAAGACGAGAUAGCUGGAUAAGAUGGGACAGAGACUGGAGGCCAACAUGCUGUCAAUACCAGAUCUGAUCCAGAAGAAGAAACGCGGGGGAGUGCUGAGCGAUGAAGAAGUGAAAACUUUCAUCCGGGCGGUGACAAACAAAACCAUACAGGACUGUCAGACAGGGGCGAUGCUGAUGGCUAUCUGGCAGAAGGGGAUGGUCGUCAAGGAGACCGAGACCCUGACCAGAGAGAUGAUGUCGUCGGGGGAAGUGAUGUCAUGGCCGAAGGAGUGGGCGGGGCUGGUGGUGGACAAACACUCGACGGGAGGCGUGGGAGAUAAAGUCAGCCUGGUGUUAGCGCCCGCGCUAGCCGCCUGCGGCUGCAAGGUACCCAUGAUCAGUGGGCGGGGCCUGGCCCACACUGGAGGAACCCUGGAUAAACUGGAGUCAAUACCAGGAUUCAACAUCCAUCAAUCAGCAGAACAGAUUCAGAAGAUCCUGGGCUCAGUGGGCUGUUGUAUCGUGGGUCAGACGGAGAUGCUGGUUCCUGCAGAUCGAGUCCUGUACGCUCUGCGGGACGCCACCAGCACCGUGGACAGCUUACCUCUCAUCACUGGUUCUAUUAUCUCAAAGAAAGGUGCCGAGUCCCUGUCUGCUCUGGUGCUGGAUGUGAAGUUUGGACGAGCUGCUCUGUAUAAAGAUCUGGAAAGUGCUAAAGAACUGGCAGAGUCAUUGGUCAACGUUGGAAACGGCCUGGGCAUCCGCACCGGUGCCGUACUCAGCUGCAUGGACGGCACGAUCGGUCGGUGCGUGGGCAACAGUCUGGAGGUGAUCGAGUCCCUGGAGACGCUGAAGGGGAAAGGACCCGAAGACCUGAUGGAGCUGGUCACUACUCUCGGCGGGAUCCUGCUGCUGAUGACCGGCCUGGUGUCCGAUCUGCCGGCGGGCAGAGAGCGGAUUUCCGGGGCGGUGACCGACGGAGCAGCUCUGUCCAAGUUCCGGGCCAUGAUGGAGGCCCAGGGUGUGGCCGCGGAGGCGGCUCAGUCGCUGUGCUCCGCCCACACGGAUUACUACAGCGUCCUGAGAAAAGCUGACCAUCAGAGCGAACUGACGACGCCUGCGGAGGGACUAGUCUCGGAAGUGGACGGUCUGGUUUUGGCUGAGGUCCUUCAUAAGCUGGGGGCGGGACGAUCCAAGGCCGGAGAACCCAUCAAUCACAGCGUGGGGGCGGAGCUGCUGGUGUCGCCGGGUCAGAGGGCUGAGAGAGGCGUCCCCUGGUUGCGGCUUCAUUACGAGGACCCGGCUCCGACCCCGGAUCAGAUGAACCGCCUGCGGGACGCCCUGAGUCUGGGAACGGACACGCAGACGCAACAGAAGCAGAGUCUGGUGAAGAAGCUGCUGCUGCCUCAGUAACUCCCUCGUUUGACCACUGAUCCUCCGUCCACGUUAAUAAUCAGUUCACGGCCGUGAUUGUGGCCCAGGCGUCCCGCAGACCGGGGUCAGACGGUCCGCGGGAGACGGUCUCCACGAUCAGUUAAAGAGCUGAAAAGACAAAGUGUCCCGCUGGAGGAGGAUUCUCCGCAACCUGGCGACCCGGGAGCUCUUCUUAUCGACGUUCAAUUAGUGACCGGUGAAGCGGGAGUAAAACCCGCCGUCCCCGUUAAUCCGCGGGUCCCGCAUUCGGUCCACCCGCUCCCACGUUUCCUGACCCUGCGGGCUUCAGCUCUGCCGCGCUUUCCGAGCGUCCCGCGGGGACGGGGACGGACGGGGACUUGUCACUGACCUGCCGGAUGCUGUGAGUGAUUCACGUGCACCUCGAAACUGUACUUAAGAGCAGUACUUGAGUAAAUGUACUUAGUUACUAUCCACUGCUGUAUUUGUACGUUUACGUUACACGUCUAAGUGUAACUGUGGAGACCGACAGUAACUGUUUACUCUGAACACUAGGUACAUUGGAAAGUAACUACGUUCAUUUACUUAGUUACAAUUUGCGCCGGAGUAUUUUCUCUUCACGCCACUUUGUAAAAUAUUGAACUUCUCACAGCACCGCGCUUAUUUCAAAGCCUUUCAUCCUUUUUUUCACACCCAACACGUGAAGACUUUAUAAAAUACGAUGCUUUGUUUGAAAGUCCUCCCCGGUCUAAACAGUGAUUAGUCGAUUGAUCGGAAAUUAACCGGCAGCUGUUUCGACGAUCGUUUUUUUGGCCAUUUUCACUCAGAAAACACCCAAAGAUUUCUGGGUUCCAGCCUCUGGGACGUAACGAUUUGCUGCUUCUCCUUUUCAGGGUUUUAAUCCAUUUUGACUCAUUUUGAAGUUCGGACAAAACAAAGACUGUGAAGUUUUCAUUCACACAAACAAACAGCAAAUGAACGUUAGUUGCAGUCCCUUGUAAAACACUUACAGUAACAGUCAAAGCACUUCAACAGUAAAAUGCUGCUUUUAUAUUCAACACUUCAGUAAUAACGAACUAAUGAUAUAAUAUAUGAGCGCAACAGUCACAGGGGCCAUUUUACUGCACUGAAUAUUUUUACUUUCAAUACCUGAGGUACAUUUUCCUGAUUAUACUCACACACUUUUAGUUAAUUAACACCGUCAGUGCAGGACUUGUACUUGUAAUGGAGCAUUUCCACGGCGUGGCCCAGUAUCAGUGGUUUUACUGAAGUGGAAGAUCCGAACACUUCCUGCACCACUGAGCAUGAAAUGAACGAGGUGAAGCAGGGGCUGUUCUUCUUCUCUGACUGUUUUGUUCUGUAAUAUUUUAUGAAGUGUCAGGUUGAAGUAUCCACAUUUUUAAUAACAAUA